AGUGACUUUAAAUUAAAGUAAUUUCAAAAUAUGCGUUAAUGUGAAAACCUUUGAUAUAACCUUAAAAAAAAAUUUUCAAAUUUUGAAAAAAAAAACAACUGCGAAAAGAAUUUUGGAAAUACAAGAUUUGUGCUUCUUCUUUGGUUUUAGCGGCAACGGGAGUAGGCCAUUUAGAACGUGCCAGGCAACUUCGACUUCCCCUCUCCUGCUCCAUUCCACACCCCGCAUUAGCAUCUCGAAGAAGAAAUAGUCGAAGCAGCCAGAAGUUAACUCAAGAAGCAUUCGAGUGGCAGGUGUUGCGGUUUUCAAUUGGAUUUUUCUUUUUGGCCAGGGCCGGCACAAACAAAACGGGAAAUCGGAAACAUGUUCUUCUUCUUUAUUUUCCAUCUCACUCUUAUCGGCUUGCAACAUCUAUCACAGUUUGUGUGUCAUGCAACAACUUUACAUUCUGCCCCCCAUAACUUACCCAUAGUCGGCUCUACGCCUUCAUCUCCGUCCUCAUCCCCAUCGUCGUCAUCCAUGCAAAUUGAGUCACUUCAUGUAAAUUGUACAAAGGAUCUGUUCCAUAUGCAUUUGGAAUUGAAUCGUCCAUUUCAUGGCCUACUCUAUGCAAAAGACUUUCCCCUCGAAUGCUUGACACGAGGCAAAGAUUCGAUGCAACUUCAGUUACGUUUACCCACAUCGGGAUGCGGUGUCCGGUCUGAAUUCUCACCCGAUAAUGGCGGAAUAAUGGAAUACUCAGUACGUAUAAUGUUGCAAAUGGAACAGAAAUUGCGACAAAGCACGGAUAUUUGGCGUACGGUUAAAUGUCAUGUGCCUAUCCAUGAAAUGGGCAUGUCUUUGCCCAGUCUCAAGGAGGAUCUACCAAUGUUGCCAAAAGAGAGGAAUCCUCGUAUGCACAAUGUGGCAGCUGUGGCAUCAUCGGCCACUGUGCAUCAUCAUCAGCAUCAGCAUUAUCACCAGGCACAUAUGGACUCUCCGCGCAUACGAAUUUGGCUCGAAUUGGGGGGCCCAAAUGGUUCAGGUUCUGUCGAGGUUGGCAUGCCGACCACUUUAACCGUACGUGCCAUAGUUCCUGGCACAAUUGGUGUCCAUGUUGUCGAUUGCUCGGCUUUGGAUGGCCUGGGCGAGUCUAUGCAACAGUUGCUCGAUUCACGCGGUUGUCCCAUCGAUGAGCAGGUGAUGCCCGCUCUGCAUACACGUUUCAAGCCCGCCGAAGAGGGCUGGUCCAAGCAACAUGAGGAAGAUCUAGUCGAGCGGAUAUUUUCGGCCACAUUUCCCGCCUUCAAAUUUCCAGAUCGCGAACGUCUUCAUGUUAGUUGUGGUGUUCAGCUCUGUAAGGGGAAGUGUCCAAAUCUCAAUUGUCACCUGAACAAUGAUUUGCCAUUGCAAGUGAAUUUGGAUCAACAUUUGGCACGCAUCGAAGUAUUCAAUUCAUUGGCUGUAACUGCUCCCCAAAUUGAAGUGGAUCGUUUACGUUAUGAUCGUGGCUAUAAUAUAAGCGUAGAGGAUUAUCCCCCAUAUGUUAGACCAUUGCCAUCGGAGGGUACACUCUGUCUAUCAAUAUCGAAAUUGGCAAUAUCUUUUUGCAUUUUGGGUCUCAUUUUCUUGGUGGCUGUCAUUGUGGCCAUUCUAUCAUUGAUAAGGACCAGACGACGACAACAACAUUGCGGACAUGGAGGACAUGGUGGCGUCAGCAGUUCCAUGGGUCUGGGCCUGGGCACAUCAACGAAUAGCAGCAGUCGACUGCAUCGAGAUCGGGCAGAGAUAUGUACAUCAAUGUUUUCAUCCAGCAGCGGAGACUCUGGACAAUCGGCUAAUGUUGCGGGUGGCUCACGUUUUGGUGGGAAGUUUUUAAUGCCCUAUUAUCCGCAUAAUUUGCCCUAUGGUCGUGUCUAUUAACUAAGUAGUAGUAGUAGUAGUAGUAGUAGUAGUCGUUUUCGUUUUCUAUAGACUGAUGUGACUUUAAUCUCAAAAGAAAGAAAAUCUACAAAAAUUCGUUUAACGAGUCUAGCAAUAAUGUUAAUUUUGAUAGUUGUUAAGAUGACGAAAGGGCCUUGAAAGCAUUUUUCGUUUAGCUUAAAAUGAAUUUUUUGAUGCCUUUUCGUUGUAUAACAUUUUUUUGUG